AUGGCUGUCGGAACGCUCUCUCUCUUUUUCCCCGUCUUCAUCCCGGCCGCCACAGCGGGAUUGGUCUAUGCUGGUCACCGCGCAACUUACCUCAACUGGAGGGCGAUCUUGACCGAGUUCCUCACGGGACCUGGUCGGACAAGUCGGAUCCUACUUCUGCUGUUUUUGGGUCUCAACUGGAAGAGCUUGCCCCUUGGGUGGACGACUCUUCCUCAGCGCGCCCUCUUCCACUACAGCGUUACCUCCUCUCGUACCUCUCUCCUCGAAACCGACUACAACUUCCACAAGUCCAACUCGACCUACUUUGCCGAUGUCGACGUUUCGCGUUCCCACCUGGUCACUCAUCUGCUGGGCCCAUCCAUGCCAAUCAUUGGCGACAACGAGAAGAACAAGCUGGUUCUGGACAAGGAUGGCAAGGUGAUUAAGGGGAGCUUUGGCAUAGGCCUGGGAGCCGUCUUUUGCUCUUUCCGCCGCGAGAUUGGCCCCAUGCAAGGUUACGAGAUGUGGAGCAGAAUCGUGAGCUGGGAUCGCAAGUGGCUUUACAUUGUGACGCACUUUGUUGUCAAGGGCAAGGUCAAGCCUACCAGCUGGGACGGCAGGUGGAAGGGUCCGACACGCAGCAAGAUCCAAAAGGCCGAGGAUGGGUCGGCCGUGGAGGAGCCGGAUUGGAGCAAGUACAUUCACGCCACUGCCAUCAGCAAGUACGUGUUCAAGCUAGGGCGCUUCACCAUUCACCCUUCGAUCAUGAUCCAGGCUGGUGGCUUGUUGCCCGAGAGACCAGGUGGCUGGAGAGGUGGUGAGGAUGACUGCGGAGACCUGGUUGACUUGGGAGAGAUCGAUGCUGAGGGCGAGUGGGACUGGAAGAAGGUUGAGGCUGAGCGGAGAAAGGGUCUGGAUUAUGCUAAUCACUUUGGGGCGUUGGACGGCACGAAUCUUUUGUUUGAUGGUGGCGAGGAUGGCGCUAUUGGCAACUUCCCUAUUGGUUAA